ACAGCAGACAGAUUCGACUGCAAUGCAGAUAUUUUUUUCGUCUGCUCUCGUUGUGAUCAGUUUUUCGACACUGUUUUCUAGCAUUCGACAAGUCAUUUACCAUAUUUUACCAAUUAGUUUGCUAUUAUUCAGUUUUUCAUGAUUGAAAUGAGGGUUAGAACAUGACUUUUGGACCAUUGCUGAAAAAUCCGCUGUUAAAUCCUUUAGACGUCCUUCGCUUUAUGAUUUUUGGGAUGGAAGGCCAAGAUGACGUAGGUUUGUUUGGGAAAGUAACAAUAUGGGUUGUUUUGGAUUGGAUUUCGUCUCUUGCUAUGAUUGUUGGCGGUAUUUUACCAUACAUUCCACAGUAUUUAAAGAUAAAAAAGACACAGAAUGCUGAUGGAUUUUCUCUUUAUGUCUGCUUGACACUUCUAAUUGCCAACAUUUUGAGAAUUCUCUUUUGGUUUGGAAAUCAUUACGAAAUACCACUGCUGAUUCAAUCGAUUUUCAUGAAUUUUGCCAUGCUAGCUAUCAUCCAACUAUGUGUUCAAGUAAAGCAAAGCAAGCAAAUAAUUCGUGGAAAGGAGAAGUUGUUCAUUGAUGACACAGGAUCUCCUUCCUCUGUAACUAUUAGGGAUUUUGACUGGCGAUUCUUCUGGAAAUGGACAGACUUCCGAAGCUAUCUGGAAUUUAUUGCUGCAUUCACUCUUUCGGCUUCUGUACUAACCUAUAUGUUGGUCGGAUACGUAAUUUAUGUUGAAGCUCUUGGAUUUACUUCGUUGUUCAUUGAAGCCAUGCUGGGAAUACCGCAGUUUUACGACAAUUAUGUUUCGAAAUCAACGCUUGGAAUGAGUCGGGCAAUGGUGUUUUUGUGGCUUGCCGGAGAUUCAUUCAAGACGCUCUACUUUCUCACCAGACAAUCUCCGAUUCAGUUUUCCAUUUGCGGAGCGCUUCAAAUCGCCGUAGAUUUGGCCAUCCUCUCACAAACGGUUUGGUUUGGUACAACUCCUGGCCGCCGUAAGGGCUUAGCCGGAUCACAUGUCGUUCAAUAGACGCAAAUUUCAUACAAUGCAUUUUUACCUGAAUUCUCUUUCGAUGUCAACGUUUCAUUGUUCUUGAUGUAAUCUUGAAUCUUCCACUUGAAUUUCGGUGUUUUUUUUUCGUACAGAAUUUCAAGAGUUCGGCCAAAAAUUAGUUGACAUGGCCAGGUGCCUACUACUAGUCGGGAUUGGGGCUUUCAUUAUUGAUUGAUGUCCGCAUGCCUUUUAAUGUUGAAAACCAGCCAUCGAAUUCAAUUUGAUAUGGAAUUUUUUCCAAUAUUCCGUCUAUGUAUUUCUUUUUACUGUGUGUUUUUAUCCAGUUAAGAAUAAUAAACUUUCAUAGGCGUUGCAUAA